CAUAAAUACCGUUAUGAAAUUGACAUUCUUUGAAUCUAUGGAAACAUAAAUACCGUUACGAAAUUGACAUUCUUUGAAUCUAUGGAAACAUAAAUACCGUUAUGAAAUUGACAUCGUUUGAAUCUAUGGAAUAAAAAUACCGUUACGAAAUUGACAUUUUUUUAAUCUGUGGAAUAAAUCUUUUUUUUUAAGUUAGUUUUAUGUUUCUCCCCAUAAGAAACACGAAAGGAAAGAUUUCAGAAUGGACUAUUCAUUUCAGAUUGACACGGGGGAUAGCAAGAAAAGUCAUGUGAUGCCGAAUCCUAACGUCUACCUAAAACGUUAUUCUAACUCAUAUGCAGAAAGAUACAAAAAGGGACGACAAAGACAGAGACCUUCCAAAGAGAAAUCGAGCAGACGAUUGCAUGGUUCUGAAGAGGAUCUUGUUAAAACCGGAAGUGAAGACGGGGAUGAUUUGGAUAUAGAAAAACAAAUAGAACUUGCUAGAAAAGCACGACCUAAACGAGCUGAAAGACAAAAACAAAUCAUGAAAGACGAAUUAUUUAAUACGAAACAGCGGAACAAUUACGCCAUUAACAAUAAAGAGAAUAAACAGGAAUUUUAUAGACCGCGGAAUAGAACCGCUGAAGAACCAAAGCAUGUAUAUAAAAAAUCAUUAUCGCCAGUGUCAAAUAAAAGUUUUCCAUUGAGAGGUGUUCCAAUGCAACCUUAUGUGUAUUCUCCUAGUUCCAAAAAUGGAGGUGUUCCAAUGCAACCUUAUGUGUACCCUCCAAGUGCCAAAAAUGGAGAUGUUCCAAUGCAAGCUUAUGUGUACCCUCCUAGUGCCACAAAUGGAGAAAUUCACUUCUCGCCAAAAUUUUUCAAUAUGUAUCAGGUGCAAGAAAACAUACACGAAAAUGAACUUCAAGAAACAACUUUUGUUAAAAACGAUGAAAUUGAAGAAGUAAGAAACGGUGCUAAAAGUUAUGAACAAAUGAGAGAAGAAGCUAGAAGCAAACGAAUUUCAAUUUUAACUCGUGCUGAAAAAAUGGUAGAAAAUAUAUCGCGGAGUGAUCAGUAUUCGACUGAUGACGAAAUCAAAAUUGACAAGCCAAAACAUCGACGUAAGAAACAUAACAAAAGGGAAGAGAAAAGCCGAACGGAGGCAAAAUUUAUUCAAACAAAAGAUAUUUCAUCUUCCAGUGACGAGGAUAAAUAUGUUCUAGUUAAGACAACUGUGUCACCAGAACCACCAGAAAAUGUUAAUCUGGAGCUUCCAAGAUUUAUACAGCCAAGUGAAUAUCAAUCGAAUGUCUCGCUGCACUCGAAUGAAAAGAGUGAACUACAGGUAGUACAUAGUGACGAUGAAGACGUUGUAUAUCAAGAACAAAGACCGGCCACUGAAGUCUACAUGUCUCAAAACCACGCACAAAACGAGAUGAAACGGUACGAGACAGUUGGAGGAACGAAAAAAGAAGAUCUUAAAAAAGGCAGGAGAGUUACGUUUUUUCGAAAUGGGGACACAAACUUCAGAGGGAUUAGUAUAAGUAUUAGUCAAAACGAUUUCAGGAACUUUGAGACUUUAUUAGUGUUCUUAAAUGGUAAAAUUCCUACCACAGCAGGAGUAAGAUAUGUUUUCUCUCUACCUGACGGAAAAGAAAUCAAAAGCGUGACCGAAUUCAAACACGGAAAGGCAUACCUGGCAUCUAGUGUUAAGAAACCUAAUAUAAAACUGCCGUAUGGUUAUUCAAGAGAGACAGAUUGGACAUCAGCACGACCAUCACCAGGAAAAGUUAGGAAAGACGAAGUUCAUCUUUUUAAAAGACCAACGUCACCGACAUCUUCGCCUACGCGCAAAGCACGUGUAAUAACUGUUGAAAACAAUGCUAGGAAAGAGCUGAAAGAGAAAGUGAUAAUAGACCCACAAACAAAACAAAACUUUGAAGAUAUUCUGUGCAUAAUAGGCGACCUAAUCAAUAUGAAUGUAGAUUCCUUGUAUACUCGACGGAAGCCAUUCAGAAAGGUUGUUAGUUUUUCUCAGCUCUUCCGUGAAUUCAAAAACCAUGACAUGUUUAUUGCUUGCCAAGAAGGAGAAGACCCAACAGAUAGGAAUAGUUACCAUGGUAGCAACAACUCAGAUAAGUUGCAGAGUAUCGAUGAACUAAACAUGUCUGGUAGUUCCAACUCCGAUUCCCCACCACCAAUGGAGAAUGGUUUUAGUACCAGUAGAUCAGACAAUAAUUUAGAAGACGACUCAGCCAGUGUACUCAUCAAUGGAAAGAUAAGACGAUAUUACCCACCAUCGAUGUCAUAUCCAGACGACGAAGCUGGCAAACCAGACCGGAAGUUGAAACUUGAAUGGAUAUAUGGCUACCACGCGAAAGAAAACAGCAGUAAUCUGUUCGUAUUAUCAAGUGGAGAGAUCGCGUAUGCUGUUGCUUCUGUUGUAGUGUUGUAUAAAUACAUCAGGAAUAAGGACAAAGAUAGAGACAGUGUGAAAGACAGAGAAGACACACAACGACUAUAUUUAGGUCAUACAGAAGAAGUAACUAGCAUGGCGCUUAAUCCGACAAACAAGUCCAUUGCAUCUGCUCAGAUGGCUGGAAAAGAAAACAAGGCCCACAUCCGGGUAUGGGACUGUAAGACGUUAACAACCUUGAAUGUCAUUGGUGUCGGAUUCUUUGAUUCUGGGAUCUUAUCAAUCAACUUUUCGCAACAGAGUAAUGGAAGUUUCCUUUGUGUGAUGGAUAAUGCAGAAAAGCAUGUGCUUAGUAUCUGGGACUGGCAGAAAGAACGAAUGGUGGCCAAGACAACGACGUCAAAUCUUGCAGUAAAAGCAGCAUGUUUUUACAAAUACAACGACACAAUUCUAAUCACAUAUGGACAACAACAUGUUUAUUUUUGGAAGCUGUUCUGGGAUCCAGUGAGGGACAAAGAAGGCAGAAUAAUGAGGGACAAAAGAAGUGGACUCUUCCUAGGCGACAUACCAAAUGAAGUAUGUUCACUCGCGUUCUCUGCCAAAGGGGAUGUUCUAACCGGUGAUUCCAGUGGUACUAUAACAGUUUGGAGUCCUGAUGUGGAAUACAUCUUCAGUAUCAAUUUAGAUUUGUCUGAAACGAUGAAGAAUGCACACAAGCAUCCCGUUUCUUCAUUGUAUAUGCUAAUGGACAACACAUUGAUGACCGGUGGUGGAUUAGAAAUUCGUGCCUGGGAUAGUAUAAAUGGUUAUAGGCCUGCAAAUGCUAGAGUGCUACCAGAAGCCACAGGUCAUGUCAGAACUAUAAUACCACAGAAUAGUGCCAGUGCUGAUGGACGCCUGUACAUUGGGACGUCUAAAGGAUAUGUUCUGGAUGGUUCUCUGCAAGAUAAAUUUAGAUUUCUUAUCCAGGGACACAGCGAAGAAAUAUGGGCUAUAGCUCCUCAUCCAAACGAAUCGGCAUUCUUCACAACAUCAUUUGACAAAAUGGUAAUAAAAUGGUCAACAACUAGACACAAAAUCAUUUGGAAAUCACAAAUAGGGAAACCUGGUUGUUGUUUGUCAGCGGACCUUAAAGGUCGACAGAUUGCUGUAGGAACACAGACUGGAAAUAUAGAAAUCCUGAACGCCCAUAAUGGAAUGCAUGUUGCUUCAAUAGAAGUUAGCAAAUACCGCAUUGAUUGUAUCUCCUUCUCACCAGAUAGUACAAUGAUAGCAGUAGGUAGCCAUGAUGGACUGUUACAAAUACUGGAUGCACAAGAUGGGGGUAAAGGUUAUUCUCCUUCAAGGCCUUUGAAAGGUCAUCCAACCUUUGUCACACAUAUCGACUGGUCAGGAGACAGCAAGUACAUUCAAAGUACAGAUGGACAAUACAAUAUGAUCAACUGGGAUGUAGAGAAGAAGUUAAGAAUAAGUGAUCCUCGUGUUUUGCGCGAUGCAGACUGGCACAUAUACAGUUGUACUACAGGAUACCCAGUUAUAGGUCCUUGGACAAAUAUGGAGAACGGGACACAAUUAAAUGCUGUACAUCGCUCUAACUACAGGGAUUUCUUACUGACAGGUGAUAGCAGAGGCCGUGUUAGACUUUAUAAAUAUCCAUGUGCUGCAACAAAGCCUGAAUAUCGUGGAGUGAAGCUCUAUUCCAAUGACGUGACUGCAGCUAACUUUUUGUAUGAUGAUAUGAAUGUUAUAACAUCUGGUGGCAUGUCUCCAGUACUAGCCCUGUGGGCUGUCGUUGAUGCAUUUGUAUCUUCAUAAACAAUAUGGUGGGAUUUCUACAGUACAGGCCCUGUCUGCUGUCGUUGAUGCAUUUGUAUCUUCAUAAACAGUAUAGGGGAAUUUCUACAGUACAACCCCUGUCUUCUAUCAUUGAUGCAUUUGUAUUUUCAUUAAAAAAACAAAUGGUUACACGUCUGCAGUAUCAUCCCUAUGGGCUGUCAUUGAUGCAGUAGUAUCAUUGUAAAGCAAUUAUAUGUAUCCUUAGAAAUAUUUGUUUCAUAUCUACAGGGUAUUAAUAUAAAAUUCUGAUAAUAAAUCUUAAGAUGACGGCCAGCUUGUAUUAUAAGUUAUAUUCAUGACUUUCUAGGCCCGGAUUAAUUUGGUUAUAGAGUAAAGAUUCAAAAUAAUAAAUGUCUACCAGAGGAACUUACAUACUGUUGAAGCAUACUCAUUUAUUUUCGUUAACUUUGCUUUACAAUUCACAAUGAAAUAGGAUAAUUAUAUGACAAUGAAGCAAGAUAAGUGCAAUAAUAUAAAUGAUUUAAUUACAAAACUUUCCAAGAUAUCUGUACUUUGUUUGUAAAUACCAGUGUGCAAAAAAGCAAAAAGUAUUUAAGAAAGUUGUCUUUAAAAUCAAAUUUGACAAAAUUUGCAUUUAUAAUUAUAUAUAUAUAUAUACCUCCUUCCAAAGAUGACUUAUUUUAGCAUAUUUCUAAUGAUUUCAUUUGUAAUUUAACUUAUGCAUUUAAAUGUCAUUGUAUACAUGUAUUUAAUUUCAUAGCUUAAUGUUGAAUGAAUGUAAUAUUUUUGUGAUGACUUAAUCAGUCAUAAUGUAUUGAGUUCAAGAUUUCAUAUUACUGUAAGGAAAACAUGUGAAUAUCAACAAUUUAAAGUGUAUCGUAGGAUUUUGUUUAGUUCCUUUUUUAUAUUUUGUGCUAAUAAAUGCAAACCUUUUUUCAUUACAAAAGUUUAAAUGUCUAUUUAACUUCUUUUGAUUUGAUUUGAUUUUUUUUAUUUUCUGUAUUUGCCUGUCCCAUUUUUGAGGGAGGGCUGUGAUUUUUGUAAGACUUAAGGAUUGGGCAUUUAUUUUCGUUGUAAUUCGGGAUUACAAUGUACAUCUAUCGAAAACUCAAUUUAUAAUUAUUGGAAAAGAGAAUUGGCCAUGUGUAACCUUUCUGCAAAAGCAAUUUUCUGAUGCUUUGUUAUUUUCCAUUCUCUUUUGUUCAAAAUAAUACAAAUUUGUAAUUGUUAUGCUUGUAGUCAAUAGUUAUUAAUAUUUUAUAUUGUUGUCAUAUAUUAUGUAUUAUUACUUAGAACAUCAAACUAUGUUAGUUUUAGAUUAUCAUCCGUCCAUUUUUAAA